CAAGAGGAGGCAUUUGCAUCCCAAAAACCUCACCUCUCUUCCAAGGAACCAAAAGCAGACCAGUUUCCCGACGCCAUGGCUUGCUGUGCUUCCUACUGCUGCAGCGUCCCCACCGGCCCUGCCACCACCAUCUGCUCUGCUGACAAGAGCUGCCGGUGCGGAGUCUGCCUGCCCAGCACCUGCUCACACACCACUUGGCUACUGGAGCCAACCUGCUGCGACACCUGCCCCCCACCCUGCUACAUCCCUCAGCCCUGUGUGCCCACCUGCUUCCUGCUCAACUCUGCCCAGCCCACCCCAGGCCUGGAGACCCUCAACCUCACAACCUUCACCCAGCCCACCUGUGAGCCCUGCCUCCCUAGCUGCUGCUGACUGAUGGCUGCUUUUGACAGAGCGUGACAUUGAAACAGUCAACCCAGAAGCUUUAGUGUUCACCUGUCUCAGUACCGGCAACUAAUUAACUCAGCUUUCAAAACUGGAACAAGGAUGGCACUCUCACUGACAACCCCCCACCAAAAGAAACCAAGAGAUUUUCAAUGGCCAUGUAGUAGAUAUCAGUAACCAAGGGCAAUUUGAGCAGGUAGACACCCAUUAGCUUGCCAAAGUUGUUCACCUCCUUCAUAUCAAAGUAUAUCUUUCUUUGGGUGCUUUGGGAAUUCUGUUUCCAGCUUUGGGUGGUAUCUUUCUGGAAAUUGAAGCACUUCUUCAUGAUAAUCCUAAUAAAUUUUACAUCUCUGGCAUA